GCAAAAACUGAAAGAAGAGCUGGAAUCACAUGGGGGUUGUUGUUCGUCUAAUUCCUUUUGGCUACACCAGACACCUCUAAUUCCUCUCCCCUCUUCCUCUUCCUCUUCCUCUUCCUCUUCUCUCUCAGCCACCGCCACCUCCACCUCCACCGCCAUGGAUUUCUCCUCCUUCUUCCCGUUAGAAUAUACAGUCUGAUCAUCUCUCUCCUCUUCCUGUUUCCCUCUUUCUCUCUCCUCUGCCUUCUUCUCUGAGCAUGGCUGACGAUAAGGAAAUUUCUGCUCCCGUCGUGGACGGUAGCGAUCCGACCGGUCACAUCAUAUCCACAACCAUUGGAGGCAAAAAUGGAGAACCAAAGCAGACCAUUAGUUACAUGGCGGAGCGCGUUGUAGGAACUGGGUCAUUUGGAAUUGUUUUCCAGGCAAAAUGCUUGGAAAGCGGCGAGACAGUGGCUAUAAAGAAGGUGUUGCAGGACAGAAGAUAUAAGAACCGGGAACUUCAAUUGAUGCGUGUGAUGGACCAUCCGAAUGUGGUUUCUUUGAAGCACUGUUUCUUUUCCACUACCAGUAAAAAUGAACUCUUUCUCAAUCUGGUUAUGGAAUAUGUCCCGGAGACUAUGGACCGCGUUUUGAAGCAUUACAGCAAUGCAAACCAGAGAAUGCCACUGCUCUAUGUCAAACUUUACAUGUACCAGAUUUUCAGAGGGCUGGCCUACAUACACAGCGUUCCCGGAGUUUGCCAUAGGGAUCUGAAGCCUCAUAAUCUUCUGGUUGAUCCUCUUACGCACCAAGUUAAGCUUUGUGAUUUUGGAAGUGCAAAAGUGCUGGUGAAAGGUGAAGCAAACAUAUCAUACAUAUGUUCACGUUUCUAUCGGGCUCCAGAACUUAUAUUCGGUGCCACGGAUUAUACAACUUCAAUCGAUAUCUGGUCAGCCGGUUGUGUCCUAGCAGAGCUUCUACUGGGCCAGCCAUUGUUCCCUGGAGAAAAUGCAGUGGACCAGCUUGUGGAGAUCAUCAAGGUUCUUGGCACGCCAACACGUGAAGAAAUUCGUUGUAUGAAUCCAAAUUAUACGGAUUUUAGGUUCCCACAGAUAAAAGCUCACCCUUGGCACAAGGUUUUCCACAAACGGAUGCCUCCAGAGGCAAUUGAUCUGGCUUCCCGACUGCUGCAAUACUCACCAAGCCUUCGCUGCACAGCUCUAGAAGCAUGUGCACAUUCAUUCUUUGAUGACCUUCGUGAGCCCAAUGCUCGUCUUCCAAACGGACGCCCAUUUCCACCUCUCUUUAAUUUCAAGCAGGAGCUGUCCGGCGCCACCCCAGAGCUUGUCAAUAGGUUGAUACCUGACCAUGUGAAACGGCAGAUGGGUCUGAACUUGCAUCCGGCUGGCACAUAAAUGUGGAUAAGUUAAUAUGUUCCGUUGAUGUGUGACACAAAGGUUUUACUGUCUUUGUGGGUAAAUCACCACGGAUUGAAGGCUGACUAUUGUCAUUUUGUUGCUCUACCAAGAAGAGUACGCAAACUGCGGCGGGAUGGAUGGCUUCAUGUAAUGUGCUAUCGUUUCUACGAUUUCCUCCCUUUUCCCGAAAUUCCUUUUUGUUCCUGUACAUGUUUGAUAGUUAAAAGAUAUUCGGAGAUGGACCGGACUGGUAAGAAAGCUGGUAGAAGAGGAAAAGCUAGGAAACUGGAAAAUUGUAUUUAUAUAGCUAGGAAAGAGGGCUCUCCUAAUAGAGAAAGUUGUUGGUUGCUGCCGGAUGGGUUUCCUCUGCUUUAAUGUUGUUUCGUAUUUAAGUCCUGCGGUGGUUUGUGGUGGCUCGCUGACCUGAAUUUCCGGACAAAUAUUGUUACUUCCGCUGCUGUUUGUGCAAACUUUUUAAGUGUAAUGCGUUGUCUCGUUA